UUCCAAACGUCAGUCAGCCGGUAACGUUCACGGGUGGUACUUGUGUCGGUCGUCAUCGCGCUCCCAAACUACUUUUACGUGACCGUUUGAAACCGGUUUUGAAAGUGCUCUGAGGUGUGGCAGUGCCGCGUUCAGCCGUAGAAUACUGUUUUCAAAGUUCAAAAUUAAACUUUGUGCAACAAAAAGUGCUUGUGACUCAUUGCCGGGAACUCGUCAUUAUCAGGACCCAGCGUGAAGCCAGUUCGAAACUCGUUUAAGGAUUAAAAAAAAAAACAACGCUCGUCUAGUAAUGCUAGUAGGGUUAUCUGUGUAAAGUACGUAAGCAAGAUGGCCGCGUUUCCCGCGCUUUUUGGACUGCUCUUCGCGUCGCUUGUGACAGCCCAAACCGUAGACAUCACCCCCCGGGAGGCUGUGAGGAGAGUGGGCGAUGACCUCACUGUACUAUGUAAAGUGCCAUACCCUAUAGACUCGUGUCGAAUGACAGUGGGCACCACAUCAUAUAGACUGAUACCCACUAAUCAAGAUGAAGAAGUGGUAUAUUCCGGACAAGGACUUAAGUUCGGCGAGUGUGGAGCGCACAUCAAACACAUAAAAGAAGAAUGGAACGGAAACAUAUCCUGUUUGCUUCCUCCACAGAGUGGGAGUAUCGAAGUUACAGCUACCAUGAGAUUGGUUGUUGCGAAACCCCCCGGCAACCCGCAACUGAUUUCACCCCCACAGUCCAACUUUAAAGAGGGGGACAUUCUUAUGGCCCAGUGCAUCGUUCCCAAUGGAAGACCUGCUGCUAAGAUAACUUGGUUCUUGGAUGACAUCCAAAUCCUAACUGGCGUGCACCAACCCAUAAUAUCAUCUGAACCAGGUUUAGACCUAGAAACAAUAAGCCAAAACAUAACAAUGAAUCUAAGUGCUGAUGACAACGGAAAACGAUUGAUGUGUAGAUCGGAACACGAAGCGUUGGAUAACCCGAGAGAAGCCGCGAGGCAACUGGUUGUAUAUUACCCACCAAAACGCACAGAACCCGGUCCGCUCACAAUAUUCGGACUUAAAAUCGGCACAGAGGGUCGUUUAAACGUAACCGUAAGAUCUAACCCUCCCCCCGAAGCGCAAUGGACAGUUGGAGAUCUGGUUCUAAAUGCACCGCAGAGGAAUGAAGACGCGUCCAUCGCUGCUCUUGAGCCUGUGCAUUUGGGCACUGGCUUCUACAACAUAACGUUAGUACUAAGCCAAGUGGCUAAAGAAGAUGUGGAUAGGACUUACUAUCUUCGAGUUAGCAAUGAUCUCGGUAGAGAGGAGUUUUCGUUAAGAUUGAGCACUAUGGAUGAACCUGCGGGUGUAGAAUUAGGCACAGGCGCUAUAGUUGGCAUAGUUAUCGCCAUCCUGCUUCUACUCAUAGCGGUGUCCCUCGUGGUAUUCGCGAAGGCUACGGAUAGGUGGUGUUUCGCAGCAAGGAGUCGUGAACACGGGAAGAGUUCUGGCGAAUCGGCGACGGCUGGUGUAGUGCUUAUAGAGGCUGGGAACACGCUACCUCGACAUAGCGACACAGAGAGCGCGGUUGGCCGUGAGCGGUCGCGUCUCUCCGCGCUCGGCGCCCGCGUGCGGGCAGCUCUGCCGCUCGGGAGGGAUAGAGUUCAGGCUACCAAUAAUGCUGAUGCUGAAACUCCAGCAGAAGAAGAAAAAAAAGGAGUGGUCUACGCAGAGUUAGCUCUCGGCGAUCAAACAGCUGAAAAACCCCCACCACCCUCCACAGAGUACGCAGAAAUAGUUUACACAGACCAACCACCACAAAUCAAAGACGAAAAAGAAUAAUUUAUCAUCUCUAUGGUGCGUCUACCGUUUUUACUCUAUGGUUGAAAAUGUAUUUUUGCACAAAAUUACGACGUAACGGUUUCAAACGCACCAUAUUUUAAAUUUAUGACAAUUGAACCACCGGUUUUUUAAGAUUGACGUUUUGAUUGGGAAUUACUAAAAUUAAUUACAAAUUUUCACAUUUUUAUAGAUUUAAACAAAGUAGUUAAGUAAAUAAGCAAAUCUUUUACGUCUAGGUAAGUUUUCGUAAUCUCAUAAUUUUAACAAUUACCAUUAUUAUAAGAAAGAAAAUAUAAAUUUAAUCGUAUGUUUAGUUAAGAAAUGUAGCCUUAUAAUACAAAUGUUUAUGAAAAAUGAUAUUAUAGGAUAAUAUAUUAUGCUUAUGUGUUUGUUAAAGAUCCUAAUUAUUGUAAUUUUUCGUUUAAUUUAAGCCAUAAUUACAUUGUAUACAAGAACGAAUAAAAUAUAUCUCUUUGUAUUAGUUAUUUUAUAAGUUUAUUGUAACUACACAUAAUUAUUGUUUGAAACUAAUUUUAUUA